GAGUUUCUGCAGUGGGAACCACAGCAAUCAAGGAGGGAAAUACUCUUAUUACAGAUACAGAUUCUAUGCAUGCUGAACGUGCUGUUGAAGCAAAUGAAAACUUUGACCAAAAAGAACAAAACCAAACAUUGCAGUCUCUUUUCUCCUUGCUCCGUGAAGAGGUUGAGGAGAUGGAUUCAAAGAUACUGCCUCUGUGUCUCCAUGAGAUAGCUGAGACCUAUUUUCAAGAGGAGGAAUACGAGAAGGCAAUGAAGUUCAUUCAGCUUGAACGACUGUAUCAUGAGCAGCUGCUUGCAAAUCUUUCUUCCAUACAGCAGCAGUGGGAAAGAAAAUGGAAAGCAGCAGUUCCUAGUCCAGUUACAACACUGAGGAAUUCAGCUAAAGAACUGAGUGGUGAAGAGCUGGAAAAGCUUACUCGAGUUUGCUCUUCACAUCAACA